AUGGAGUCGCUCUCCCGGAUUUCCUCAAUUCUCGAGACCGCACGGGAUCUGACCCUCGAGGCAGCACAAGCAGCAUCAGCCUCCGGCCGGACUAUCCGCAGAGAUGGGGGACAGGGAAUGUCGACAGAGACGAGGAAGCUGCUGAAUAGCAGGAUGGACAAGGAAGUUCUGGAUGGGCUACGGAUGGUUAUAGGUGUAGGGCUUCUGAAUCUAUUUAGUAACCGAUGAGUAUUAUUUAUUUUGUUAACGGGGCUCCUUGACAGAUGAUGUCCAGAGGGAUGGACUGCUCCGAAUUUUUCGCGGACGUGGUCAAGAACGUUGCUUCUCCGACUCUGGAAAUCAAGAAGCUAGUAUACAUUUACCUACUCCGGUACGCCGAGUCCGAGCCGGAUUUAGCCCUGCUAUCGAUAAACACCAUCCAAAAAGCCCUCAAUGAUCAGAAUCAGCUGGUGAGAGCUAUGGCCAUACGCGUCAUAUCCGGGAUCCGCGUCCCCGUGAUUUCCCAGAUCGUAGCGUUAGGAAUAAAACGCUGCGUGGCGGAUAUGUCAGCCUACGUGCGCAAAUCCGCGGCGUUGGCGAUUCCGAAAUGCUACCGGUUGGAUCCUACCACUUUACCGCAAUUGGCGGAGUACCUGGGCACGCUGUUGGGGGACCGGAGUUUCUACGUUGUCGGUGCGGCGGUGAUGGCGUAUUUGGAAGUGUGUCCAUACAAGUGGGAAUUGGUGCACCCGCAUUACAGGUCUUUGGUGAAGAUGUUGAUUGAUAUGGAUGAGUGGGGUCAGUUAGCGUUGCUGCGGCUUUUAACCGAGUACUCGAGGAGGCAUUUCCCUGCGAGGAGGGCGAAGAAGAGGAAAGUCAAGGGUGGGAAUGCCGGGGGCGUUGGGGGUUUCUAUUCCGAUGAGGAGGUGGAGGGGGAUCCUGGAGGGGAGGAUAUUGAGGUGGUUCCAGUGAUGGAUCCGGAUUUGGAGUUGCUGUUGAAGUCUUGUGUGCCUCUAACGCAGAGCAGGAAUAGUGCGGUAUUGUCAUCUCAUAUCUUCUCUUUUAUACCUAAGCUAACGAGAUGCAGGUUAUCGUGGCCGUGGCUAGGGUAUAUCGACACCUAGCGCCACCAGAUUGCUUGUCCACUGUUGCUGGUCCCUUGGUCAGUCUUCUAAGGGCUGCAGUUGAUGUGCAGCACGUGGCUCUCGUAAACAUAGUUUCCAUCGCUCUGGAACAUCCCCGACCAUUCACCCAAUUCGCCACACAUUUCCUUGUACACGCCUCGGAUCUAGCUCAUAUCUGGCGCUUGAAGCUCGAAGUCCUUACACUCAUAUUUCCACAUACGGAUAUCCAUACGAAGAACCUAAUACUCUCUGAGCUGGAGUACUUUGCCAAAGGCUACGAUAAAGAGUUGGUAAAAGAAGCUGUCAGGGCAAUUGGUCGAUGUGCACAGAGUCAGACAAAGAAUGCGGCAAGAUGUCUGCGGUUGCUGCUUCGCCAAGUUGAGUCCUCUGAUGGAACUCUAGUGGCAGAAUCGUUAACCGUGAUACGACAUAUCAUUCAACAAGACCCCCAAAACCAUGCGAAAACCGUAGUUCGGCUGGCAAAGGCUCUAGAUACAGCAACUAAUCCGAGUGCCCGGUCGAGUAUAGUGUGGCUGGUAGGAGAGUUCGCCGGAAUUAACGGCGGGAAUAACGUCGCUGCCGACACACUCCGGAUCCUCGCGAAAGGCUUCCACUCAGAGUCUGAACAAGCAAAGUUACAGAUUGUACUCCUGGCUGCAAAGGUCUAUGCUCACCACCUAAACUCCACUCAGCCCGCUGCCCCCACGGGAGAAAGCCAGGACGAUGAGGACAAACAUCCCAUCUCACUCUUAUUCUCCUACGUCCUCCUCCUAGCUAGAUUCGACCUAUCCUACGACCUCCGCGACCGAGCAAGACUCUACAAAUCCAUACUCUCCGUCCCCUCAUCCACACAACUUGCAACUCUCCUCCUUCUAGCACCCAAACCAACACCCCAAGCACCAAGCCCUUCCUCGGGAAGAGAGUCAUUCACUCUGGGCUCUGCAGCAAUGGUCGUAGGUAAAGAUGAAGACGUCCGCGGCUACGAGGCGCUACCAGAAUGGACCACACUGAGUAGAGCACCGAGCCCUAGUCUGCGCGAACCUCCCCCCUCGUCAGCUCCGGGUAUAGAUACACAGGGAGGAGGAGGCGUCAUGUCUUUGUCUUCCGCUGCUGCUGCUAGGGGUGCUGGAGUUCGGAGUGCUAGUCCACGGAUUGGAGGUCCACAUAUAGGAAGUCCUCGGGUUGGGAGUCCAGCGCUGCAGCCGACUGUGAAAGCGAAUUGGGCACCGGAGAGCUUGGAAGACUUUUUGGCGAGCGAGGAGGAGGAGGAGGAAAGCGAUGAUGAUGAUGAUGAUGAUGAUGAUGAUGAUGAUGAUGAUGAGGAAGAGGAGGGGGGAAGUGAAGAGGAGGAGAGUGAGGAGGAAGGGGAAAGCGAAGAGGAGGAAGGGGAGGGGGAGAGCGCGGGGCUUCUUGGGGCUAGAUGA